UGUUCUCUCAAUCUUUUAUAUGGCUCCGAUUGGCUUUAGGCUGUUGUGGCUUUGACUUCUUUCUAAAGUCUUCAAAAUUUAGUUUUUCACAAUCACGUUAAAUUUUUUUAAAAGUCACAGCCACAACAGCCUAAACCAAUCGGAGCCAUGGUGAUGAGUUCUUGUAAGGGUAUUAAGGCAAAUCGAUCUCGUGACACUGGAUUCCGACAAAGAUAUGGUCUGCUUUUGGUUCUCUGAUUGGCGUCCCCAAGAAGUUACUCAAGGACUCAAUGUGCAGCAGUACGACGAUCGCCACUGUCUCAGAGUCCAGAUUCCGUCACGGUUGAGAGAUGUCAGGUUACCCUCCGACGAGUCAAGGCUACGGUUACGGUUACGGCGGCGGUAAUCAACCGCCUCCACCUUACUCCUCCGGCGGAGGAAACAAUCCGCCGUACGGAUCAUCAACAUCCUCCUCUCCUUACGCUGUGCCCUACGGCGCACCUAAGCCGCCGUCCUCAUCCGCGCCGCCGUCUGCUCCGUCCUACGGCGCGCCGCCUCCUUCCGCACCAUACGCGCCGCCGUCUGCUCCACCGUACGCGCCUGCUUCGUCAGGGGACUACAAGCCGCCAAAGGAGAAGCCUUACGGAGGUUACGGAGAUCCACCGCCGCAUGACCCUUCCGGUUACGGCGCUGCACCACGUCCCGGUUACGGACCUCCGCCGAAGCAUGGACCGUCAGAGUAUGGCAGUUACGGUGCUACUCCACCGCAAGGAUACGGUGCUACUCCGCCGCAAGGAUACGGUGCUGCUCCACCGCAAGGAUACGGUGGUGCUCCACCUCCUCGGCCGGCGUCUUCAGGGCACGGAGGAUACGGAGGCUAUCCUCCUCCUCAGGGAUCUUAUGGAAGCCCAUUCGCUUCUCUGAUUCCGUCUGGUUUUGCUCCGGGGACGGAUCCGAACAUAGUGGCUUGCUUCCAGGCUGCGGAUCAGGACGGUAGCGGGUUCAUCGAUGACAAGGAGCUUCAAGGGGCUCUCUCCUCGUAUCAGCAGAGGUUCAGCAUGAGAACGGUUCAUCUCCUUAUGUAUCUGUUCACCAACAGCAAUGCCAUGAAGAUCGGACCUAAGGAGUUUACUGCACUUUUCUACAGUCUUCAGAACUGGAGGUCUAUCUUUGAGAGGUCUGAUAAGGAUAGGAGCGGAAGGAUAGAUGUGAAUGAGCUUAGGGAUGCGCUUAUGAGCCUUGGUUUCUCAGUUUCUCCUGUGAUUUUGGAUCUUUUAGUUUCCAAGUUUGACAAAAGUGGAGGCAAGAAUAGGGCCAUUGAGUAUGAUAAUUUCAUUGAGUGUUGUCUUACCGUUAAGGGACUGACAGAGAAGUUCAAGGAGAAGGACACAGGAUACUCAGGCUCAGCUACUUUCACUUACGAAUCCUUCAUGCUCACUGUCCUCCCCUUCCUUAUCGCUUAAGGUGGUUCCGUCUUCCACAUUUUCAGUCUUUUUUGGUUGUUGUUGCACGUUCGUUGUUAAGGUGAUUUUCCGGUUUAGGAGCACUACCUUGUUGAUGAUUUUAACUAUAAGUCGUCGUCAGCGACCCUCUCUAUAUUCAUAGAAUUUUGUAUAAGAGAUCCCAUCCGAACUCUCUUGAAUCUAUGCUUGUCUGAGAUCGUAUUGAUCUUGUCCAUUAUACGCU